UCUGCGCUGGAGGUCUAAACGGUGAAGUGGAACAAAGACACAACAUAACAGAAAAACAGCAACAGGAAACGACUUUGAACCAUAUUUAAAUUGGGAAAUUUUCAGUGGAUCAGUUUUCACCGGCAAAUGCGUGUUUCUUUCGAGGGGGAUCGGACAAGCAUGUGUGUUCUGAUCUUGUCCAGGGUUUGAUCAGAGUUGGGUUUGGACGUCUAAAAGUUUUUCUAGUUUUUCUGGAGUGAUACCAUAUAUCAAUGAUGGGCUUUUUGUUUUGCUUUGGAUUGAAUACCCGUGUUUGCAGCCGAAGACAGUGAACGCCUAGGCACCGUGGAUGUUUAUAUUAUAAUAUUUUGGAGGCAGUUCCAGGACAUUAUUCCAUUAGGAUUUCCCAGGUGUCCGCUUUAAGUGCGCCAACAUGGGAUCGGUGUCACUAUAGCGCAACUUAUCCAGAGAUUUCGGCCAUUUGUCUUUUGCUUCUGUUCGUCUCAAGUUUUUUCAAUAGUAGCGAUUUAAACAGCAUAUAACCUGUACCACCUUUGGAAUUACCACCAUGAACUUUGUUGUCAGUUUGGUACAAUUAUUUUUUGCGGCGCUCCUUCAUCUGACCGCAGUAAAGUGUGCUCAUAUACCCAAGGAAGGAGUCAAGGGCAAAAACGAAGUUGUUCCCUUCAUGGAAGUGUACAACAAGAGCAUGUGUCGGACGCGGGAGACUUUGGUGGACAUCAUGAAAGAGUACCCAGACGACACAGAAUACACUUACCACCCGGCCUGCGUGGUUCUCAUGCGCUGUGCAGGGUGCUGCCCUGACGAAGCGCUCGAAUGUGUUCCCACGGACACGCGCAAUGUCACUCUGGAGGUAAUACGAACCAGACAGCGUGUAUCGCAGCAUGGGUAUCAGCUGACUUUCACUGAACACACGAGGUGUGAAUGCAAACCAAAGCAAGAAGUUAAAGUAAAGAAAGAAAAAAAACCCAGGGAGGGGAGGGGCAAAGGCCAAAAGAGAAAGAGAAAGAGAGAGAGAGAGAGAGAGAGAGAGGGAGGCAGCCGUCAGGCUGGAGUUCUACACCAGCAGCGCACCGAUCCUGCACACGGGCAGUCUCUCUCUCUUGGUCUUUGGCUUGGUGGUCGAGGAGCUUCUGUGCUCUGCGUAACACCAAAACAAAACAAAAACAGAACCAAAUGAAUGAACCCACCCAUCCCCCAUCAUUUCAUUGGCUGGCAGCUUUCCACUCCACUAUAUGUUCUUAAUUUCUUCUUUUUUUUUACGUAACCCCACUCAUUUGAAGCCCCCACCCCCAACUGCUCUCAAGCCCCAGCUAAAGCAAUUGGAAGUGAGGGGCUGGCAGGUAAUGGUUUCUCACACCACCACCCCCAACCCCUCUCCUGCAUGUGACUGUGUGGUUGUUUCUGAGACACUAAGGUAUGAGCUACACCAGGCGCGUAACUGAAGCGUUCCGUUCGCCACGCGUAAUAUCCAUUUUAAACGAAUGGUCUUU